CGCUUAGAGUUGCGGAGUCGGAGCAGAACUCACUUCGCGUUCCACGCAGCGCUGUCAGCACCGCGCGCCGCCGCCGAGCGUAAAAACGCGCCUGCAUCCAGCCGAGCCCUGCGGGAGGACCGUGACGAGGCCCGCGGGCCGAAGAGGAGCGCGGAGCGGAGCGGAGCGGGCGCACAUGGACGCGCUAUGUAGCCGGACGCACGGCUCUUUUCACCGUUUCGCUCGAGCCGAGGCGAAGUGAGCGGCCACAUAAACAUGCUCACCCCGACGCUGGCCUCGCUGCUGCCGCCGCUGCUGCUGCUCUGUCGGAUCUCCUCCGGCCAGUACUCAAGCGACCAGUGCAGCUGGAAGGGCAGCGGCCUGACCCACGAGGGCCACGCCCGCGACGUGGAGCAGGUGUACCUGCGCUGCUCGCAGGGCUCCCUGGAGUGGCUCUACCCCACGGGCGCCAUCAUCGUCAACCUGCGGCCCAACACGCUGUCGCCCGCCGCCGCCCGCCUCUCCGUCUGCAUCAAGCCCUCGGCGCGCUCCAGCGGCACCAACGUCUACCUGGACCGCGGCGGCGAGCUGCGGCUGCUGCUGCGCGAGCAGGACCAGGCCCGGGGCAGGGCGCAGUGCUUCGGCAUCCAGGAGGGGGCGCUGUUCGUCGAGGCCGUCCCGCGCGCCGACAUCAGCAGGCGCAUCACGGCGUUCCAGUACGAGCUGGUCAGCGAGCGGCCGGGAGCCGGGCCGCACUCGCCGGGGGCACCCUGUAAACCCUGCAGUGAUGCUGAGAUGCUUCUAGCGGUCUGCACCAACGACUUUGUGGCGCGCGGCAGCAUCAAGAAGGUGGAGCAGGAGGAGGAGCAGACGUCUGUGACCGUAGGAAUCAGCCGCGUCUACAGGCAGAAGACCCAGGUCUUCGUCCCCGGCGGCGUGAGGGUGCGGACCUGGACCGGCCGCAUCCACAUGCCGCCGCAGUGUGGCGUGAGGUCCGGCGAGGGCGAGUUCCUCUUCACCGGCACGGUGAGGUUCGGCGAGGCCUGGAUGGGCUGCGCGCCGCGCUACAAGGACUUCCUGCGGUUGUACCGCGCGGCGCAGCAGCAGGGGACCAACCCCUGUCACGUGGACACGGACUGAGCGCCGGCAGACAGGACGGGUCCUCACUGGGUGGGGAGGAACGUGGAACCAAAUGUGGGGAGAGAGGACGGACGGACGGACGGACCGGCCGCGGCGCGGAGCUCCUUCCCGUUGCCGAGGCAACGCGAACCCAACGCAAACGUCGGCGACCGCGUUUUAAUGUAGCAGAACUCAUUUGGUUUUUAUGUGUAUAAAAUGUGAAUGACUGGUGUAUAUUUUGAAGCUCCGCUGGCUUUGUGAAAAGCUGGAUGUACAGUUGUGAAGGUUUUUUUUUGUUUUGUUUUUUUGACAGAAGUGUACAAAGUAAAAGCCUCUUAUUUUUAUUUUGUUUAAAAAACUAUUUACAAUUUUAUGCCUGACUUCGUUGGCUUCUCAGGCUGUACAGUUGUAAAAGAAAACCCAACCAAAAAAAGAUAAAUCCUCUUUUUUUGCCUUUGAGAAUAAAAGCUUUUAUUCGCUG